AUGUGGAUCCGAGACGCCUUUGUAGCUGUGCUGUUCGUUAGCAGCUGUGCGUUUUCGGCGGCGGAGCGUGCAGCGGACCUCGAUGGCGUGAGCCCUUCAGUUCGAGAGCUUACACUGCCUCACUCCGCAGGCGCAGGAAACGUUGCGCCAGGAGAAACCCGAGACACCGCAGAAGCAGGUGCUCACCUGCGUGGAGUCGCUACGGGGGCCACUGGUGCAGUCGACAAGGACAAGGCAGAAAAUGGAGUUUCUGUGGCGUCCCCUGCCUCCCACAGCCCCGAAGGAGAAACCGGCAAUGAAGUAGCCCAGCCAAAUGCAGUUGGUGCUCCUCUUUCCGCUUCUGCCUUAUUUUCUGUCAGGGGCAGCAAGUUCUUGACUCUCGGGAUAGUCCUGCUGAUAGUCGGCCUCUUGUUGACAACGGCAGGGUCUAACCCAAAUGCACGCACCCAGCCUUCGUCUACGGAAGAAAAUGUACAGAAGGCUAUGCAGCUGAUGGACAAAAUGGGAAUCAAAUCCGCCUCCAACCUAGCGAUCGGGUACAUCUGCGCCGGUGUAGUGGAGAUAUGGCGCGCUCUCAGAGAAAACCAAAAUUCUCAGCCAGGACAGGCAGCACAACCUGCAGUUAGAGGCCGUCUGCUGCUAUUUCUAGGCCUUGUUGCUUUCUUGGCUUCGCUAUCCUCGGCAGGAGUCGAUUUUGCAGCUCUCAAUGUGGGUGCAUUGCUACGAGCCCUCUUGGAGUACAUCUCCAAGGCGCAUACAGGCCUCUUCGCUGCAGGAGGUACGACCUUUAUCAAGAGCCUUUAUGAGGUGGCGCAACACCAAGGCAGUCUGCAGCUGCAGGGGGGCACUACCGUCGACAAGGAAACAGCUGAAGCACCAGACACAGACAAGCAACCCGCUUCUGGAGGAACGGUAGGAGAGCCAGCUGCAGACACACAAGCAGGGGCGCUGCAACAGCCACCCAAAGAAGAUGGGACGGCCCCUCAUACAGAGACUGGAGAUGAAGGUGCCGCUUCUGGCCACCAUGAAGACAAAGAUCACGCAAGACAAGGAGCGGAGCCCGAUCGGCGGCCAGCGUCGGAAGAAGAUGAAAACCCUGCUUCACUUCCUAAGGCUAACGGCGUAACCGCUUCCAACGAAGAUAUACCAGCGCCGCCGAAACCUCGUGAAGACGAACGGGAGGAUCCAGACUCCCAAACGGGAGGGCCAGAAGCUAGAUGA